UGUGCUGGCUCUGAAAAUUAGUUUUUAAACUUCAUAAAAAAAUUAACCAUCAGUCUUAAAGUACAGAAUACAGUAAGUCAUUUUAUUAUCAGAAAAUUAGAUUGAUAGCUCUAGGUCUGUUCUCAACAGGAUGGACUUUUUUUUCAUUGAAUGUUAAUUCUGUGUCAAGUUGAAUGUGUGGUAAUUACCACCCAUUUCGUUUACUUUUCUACUUAUGUAAUGGCUUUAAAAAAUAAACAAGAGCUGGGGUUGUAGCUCAGCGGUAUAGCGCUUGCCUUACAAGCAUGAAGGACUGGGUUCAAUCCUUACCACCACAUAAAAAAAUAAAGAUAUUGUGUCCAUCUACAACUAAAAAAAAUUUUAAAAAAGAAACAAAACCCUCAAUUUAAACAAAAUUAAACCUAUUCCUCAUCUAUAUGACCAUUUAACAUAUUUGGCCUUUUUUUUUUUUUUUAAACCCGUGUUAUUUUGAAAGUGAAUUUCAACUCUGUUGACUUUCUGGUUAGAAGUUUUUCUUCUGCUUAAAUGAAAUGAUCAGCUGUUUGUAAAUUACCAAAUAUGAAAGCUCCUUAGAACCACUAAUGAUAACUAGCUUUGAUUUUGUAGAGGAAUGCCAUAUUUUGUGGUAAUAAAUUGUUAUAAGAGCAAAUGUUACCACAGAGGCAGUCAAGUGUCACUGUGUGUAUGUAUUUUGUUCCAUGGUUAGACUUAUUGCUCCUUGUGAGCAGUCUGUCUUGUUUAUUGCUAUAUUCUGGUGCCUAGGACAUAGAGGCUGAACUCAACAGCACUGUCUCACGUCAGCAGUGUAGAAGCAUUUUUAUUUUCUGGUGUUAGGGAAUGAACCCAGGGCCUCAUGUAAAAUAGACAAGUGCCCUAUCACUGAGCUGCAUCCCAGCCAGAAUCUUCAUUUUAACUAUGACAGGUUCUGGCCUUGAUUAGGAUUUUUAUUUAGUAGAUUUUUUUUCUAUCUCCUUGAGGUUUUAUAACUCAAUAUAGGAUACAUGGACCUCACAUUUUGUUAUGUAAUCAAUUUGUAGCUCUUUGGGUUUUUUUUUAUUAUUUAUUUUUUAGUUGUAGGUGGACAAUACCUUUAUUUUAUUUAUUUUUAUGUGGUGCUGAGGAUCGAACCCAGGCCUUUGCAUAUGCUAGUCGAGCACUCUCCUGCUGAGCCACAACUCCAGCUCUGUAACUCUUUGUUUUGACAACAGUUUUUGUUGUUUGUUUUGUUUUGUUUUGUGGUGCUGGGAAUUGAACCCAGGGCCCACCAACUAAGCUAUAUUUCCAGCCCAACAAUGGUUUUCUUUAUUUAUAUGUGGUGCUGAGGCUCCAACCCAGUGCCUCACACAUGCUAGGCAAGUGUUCUACCACUGAGCCACAGCCCCUUGACAGCAGUUUUAAUAGCCACUUCUUGACUAGGGGGGAAAAAAAAAGAUUAAUCUUGGCCUCCCUAAAAUGUUUUCAUUUGACAUUUUUUACAUUGAUAGGACAAAUAUUUUGGGAGUUUUUGCAUGAGUUUUAAAUUUAAAAUGUUUUAGUAUUAAUUCCUAGGAAGCCAUUCUGUAGGUUAGUGUCCAGUUUUUCUUUUGGAGCUGUUUCCCUGUCACAGAAAUAGUCUGUGGCUUGGUGGACCCAGAAGUGUCACUUCCUUUCCUCUGGCCUUGGCUCUCUCCAUUCCUGCCUUUCCAUUUUGAUGUUUUAAUGAUACCCUCCCUGCUCAGUGAUUUGUGUUCAGGAAGCUAGGCGGUGAUUACUUUUGUUUCUGCUUUGUGAACUUCCUCCCCCACUUCCUAUUUUUACUGUAGUUGCACAGGAAAUGAGGCGGCUCCUGGCUGGCUACUGCUGAGCACUGAUUUUAGGUGGUGGAGGACAAGGGCUUAGGGUCUGAACCAUGUACAACAUUUUGUACCUUUGUCUUUUUAUUACCUUCUUCCUCUAGGAGUUAUAGGAACAUUUAAUGAUUGGGUUGAGAUGAUGUCAUGGCCUUCUCAGUCCUGGAUGGGGGGCUAUUGCUGCUUAGCUGAAGGACAGAAUUUUUGUGAAGAAAUGACUUAGAGGCCUUAUGAAUACAUCUGUGCAUUCUUGCUUCAGACUUUGUAAAUGAGGGCCAACCCAGUCUGCAAGCACCUUUUAUUGAUGUUGUAAGGAAAUCACUACCUCAGCAAACAAAAGGAAAGGAGGAGAACACUUAUAAUAACAAAUGCCAUUUUUAAAGAAAACUUGUUUUCAGAAAACAUUGCAGGAAAUUUGGAAAUUUUUAGUUUUGAGGAGAAGCUUUACAGGUAAAUGGAUUUGACAGGCAGGCUCUGUCAAAAUUCUGCAGAAGUUUGAUCUUCCUUCUUAAGGACUUUGUGUGUAGUAACCAUGUAUUGCUUUUUAAAUUGCUGUUGAUCAGCUUGUGGGUUUUUGGGUUCUAACUUUUUGGUAUACUGAAGAUACAUUAUAUUACAUUUUUAAAAAGUUAAGUUAUUUUUUUGCCAUUGUAAAUAUAAGUAUCAAAAUAUUCUUCCAAAGCAAUUAUAAGUAAACAUUUUCCUCAGCAAGCAUACCUUUUUAUUAAGAGAGUGGAAUGCAAAACAGUUCUUAUACAGCAUUUUGAACACACUUUUAUUUUUUUGUCAGUGAUCCUGUCUACACUGAAAAUAUUAAUUAUAUAAACCAGUUGUCCUCACCUCUAUGUUGGAUCACAUGAUCAUCUGCCUCAUGGAAAUGCCUUUUUUAAAACUUAGAUUUGCAGAACUCCACUAUUUUUAUACCUAGCUGCAAUUUUGGAAAAAAAAAAAAAGAAUCAGAACCCUGAUCUGCUCUCAGUCCUUGGGACAGUUCCCCAACCCGCAUGUAUUGCUGCAGUGCCCAGGACAGUAAAAUGGACUACAAGCGGCGCUUCCUGCUUGGCGGGUCCAAGCAGAAGGUACAGCAGCACCAGCAGUACCCGAUGCCUGAGCUGGGCCGAGCACUGAGCGCUCCCCUGGCAUCCACAGCCACCUCUGCGCCCCUGGGCAGUCUGACUGCUGCAGGCACCUGCCACCAUACCAUGCCACACUCCACUCCCAUCGCUGACAUCCAGCAGGGUAUCUCCAAAUACCUGGAUGCCCUCAAUGUCUUCUGCCGUGCCAGUACUUUCCUCACAGAUCUCUUCAGCACUGUGUUCCGAAACUCGCAUUACUCAAAGGCGGCCAUGCAGCUCAAAGAUGUGCAGGAGCAUGUCAUGGAAGCAGCCAGUCGGCUGACCUCAGCCAUAAAGCCUGAGAUUGCCAAGAUGCUGAUGGAACUUAGUGCUGGGGCUGCAAACUUUACAGAUCAGAAAGAAUUCAGUCUCCAGGACGUUGAGGUGUUGGGGCGAUGUUUCUUGACAGUGGUACAAGUCCAUUUCCAGUUUUUGACCCACGCAUUACAGAAGGUCCAGCCAGUGGCUCAUUCUUGCUUUGCCGAGUUUGUUGUGCCAGAAAAAAAGAACAGUGGUGGCAGCGGCUUAUCUGCCAUGGGCCAUACACCCGAACUGGAGGAAGCUGUGCGAUCCUGGCGGGGGGCUGCUGAGGCAACAUCUAGAUUAAGAGAAAGAGGCUGUGAUGGCCGCCUGGCAGGAAUUGAAGUUCAGCAGCUCUUUUGUUCUCAAAGUGCAGCAAUUCCUGAGCACCAACUAAAAGAACUGAACAUAAAAAUUGACAGUGCUUUGCAAGCAUAUAAGAUAGCUCUGGAAAGUUUAGGCCACUGUGAAUAUGCAAUGAAAGCUGGCUUCCACCUGAAUCCAAAGGCGAUUGAAGCAAGUUUGCAGGGUUGCUGCAGUGAGGCGGAAGCCCAGCAGACUGGGCGGAGGCAGACACCCCCACAGCCCAUGCAGUGCGAGCUUCCCACUGUCCCUGUGCAGAUAGGAUCACACUUCCUGAAGGGCGUCUCCUUUAAUGAGUCGGCAGCGGACAAUCUGAAACUUAAGACGCAUACAAUGUUACAGUUGAUCAAGGAAGCAGGCUGCUAUAAUGGACUUACACCCAGAGAUGAUUUUCCAGUGACUGAAGUACUGAACCAGGUGUGCCCAUCUACAUGGCGGGGUGCCUGCAAGACUGCUGUGCAGCUUCUAUUUGGCCAAGCUGGACUGGUGGUAGUUGACACAGCACAGAUUGAAAAUAAAGAAGCCUAUGCCCCCCAAAUCAGUUUAGAAGGCUCCAGAAUCGUGGUUCAAGUCCCAUCUACAUGGUGCCUGAAAGAAGACCCUGCUACCAUGUCUCUGCUGCAGAGAAGCCUCGAUCCUGAGAAGACCCUGGGUCUGGUGGAUGUGCUUUACACAGCUGUGUUGGACAUAAACCGCUGGAGGGCUGGGAGGGAACAAGCUUUACCCUGCAUACAGAUACAACUUCAAAGGGAAAUUUGUGAUUUUGGGAACCAGGCUGACCUGCCUUCUGGAAAUGGAAACAAGUCUUCAGGUGGCCUGCAGAAGACAUUCUCCAAACUGACAUCCAGGUUCACCAAGAAAGUUUCAUGUACCAGCUCUAGUGGCAGCACAAAUUAUUCCAUCCCAAGUACCCCUUCCAAAAAUGUCUUCAUAGCUGGGUGUUCGGAAGAGAAGGCCAAAAUGCCUGGUAACAUUGACACACGGUUACAAAGCAUUUUGAACAUUGGUAAUUUUCCUAGGACUACAGACUCUUCACAGUCAGCUCAGAAUUCCAGUAAUCCAAUGGCCAAUGGUUUUCUUCUAGAGAGGCGUGAGAACUUCCUGCCUGGGGAUGAUGGCAAGGAUGACAAGGGUAUGAACUUACCAACUGAUCAGGAAAUGCAGGAGGUGAUAGACUUUCUCUCAGGCUUUAACAUGGGCCAGUCGCAUCAGGGUUCCCCAUUGGUGACAAGGCGUAAUUCUGCUGCAACAGCCAUGGUGACUGAGCAGAAGGCAGGAGCCAUGCAUCCACAGCAGCCAUCAUUGCCGGCGCCCCCUUCAUCACGGCCACCACAGGCUGGGGCACACGCAAGUCUGACAUCCCAGCCAGGUUUGGCAUCUCAGCAGCAGUCCCCAAAGCAACAACAGCCCCAGGUCCAGUACUACCAACACCUGCUUCAACCCAUUGGACCACAGCAGCCUCCACCCCAGCCUCGGGCACCUGGGAAAUGGGUACAUAGCUCAUCCCAGCAGCCAGCACAGCCUGUUGGAGCAAAUCUGUCUCCUCUUGGUCAGUGGCCUGGCAUAUCUGAUCUCAGUUCUGAUUUGUACAGCUUGGGCCUAGUGAGCAGCUACAUGGAUAAUGUGAUGUCAGAGGUUUUGGGACAAAAACCACAGGGACCUAGAAAUAACACCUGGCCAAACCGUGACCAAAAUGAUGGAGUCUUUGGAAUGUUGGGAGAGAUUCUGCCUUUUGAUCCUGCAGUGGGCUCAGACCCAGAGUUUGCACGCUAUGUGGCAGGAGUGAGCCAGGCAAUGCAGCAGAAGCGGCAAGCCCAGCAUGGUCGUCGUCCUGGCAACCCCCGGGGCAACUGGCCACCCAUGGAUGAUGCCCAUCGGACCUGGCCUUUUCCAGAAUUCUUUACAGAAGGGGACGGCCUGCACAGCGGCUGGUCAGGUGCUCAGGGAGACUCAGCCAGCUCCAGUGAUGAGACGUCUUCAGCCAAUGGGGACAGCUUGUUCUCCAUGUUUUCAGGACCUGACCUGGUUGCUGCUGUCAAGCAGAGAAGGAAACACAGCAGUGGAGAGCAGGAGACCAGCAUGCUACCCUCACCACCUCUCCUAACUACAGUGGAGGACAUGAACCAGGAUAACAAAACCAAAACGUGGCCUCCCAAAGCACCCUGGCAACACCCUUCCCCACUGCCCAGCACACUGCCCAGCCCGAGUGCACCACUCUAUGCAGUCGCCAGUCCCGGCAACCAGUGGAACGACACCAUGCAGAUGCUGCAAUCUCCUGUGUGGGCUGCAACCAGCGACUGCAGUGCUGCCUCCUUCUCUUAUGUGCAGACCCCACCCCCACCAGCACACAAGGCAGCACCCAAGGGCUUUAAGGCCUUCCCUGGGAAGGCUGAACGCAGGCCAGCCUACUUGCCUCAGUACUGACCCAGGGCCAUUCUUCCUGCCCACCCAGAGCUGUUGGGGUCAGUAUUCCCACCCCAGGGCUGACUAGCUCAUACCAGCCCCUCAGAGGACCAGUGCACCCCAUCCCAGGAGGUUUCCUUGGGAACAGGGGUGAUUGGCAGCUCCAAACCUUUAAAGCCUGGUUUCUGAAGGCAGCAGACCCCUGGAGAGCCAGCUGGAGAUAGAUCACACUCAGGGGGUUGCUGGAUAAUCCGCAUGCUUAAUAAGCACCUGGAGUGAUUAUGAUGCAGGUGGCCAGAGGCCACACUUUGAGAAACAUAGUUCUGAGGUUAUUAAUCCUGCUAUAUGUUAGGAAGACAUCCGGUCUAAAGGCGAAGAGCAAAACUGACCAUUCUUAUGAAACCCUCUUAUUCCUCCUUAACACAUUGAGUGGUGACCACACCCAUCACUGAUUUCAUAGCUAUUUUCAUGUAGAUUUUUAGUUAAAACAUCUCCUGUCUAAAGUGCAUUGAACAUAUUAAGAUAACAGAACGGCUGGAGGUUUGCUCAACACUAUCUUUAUUUAAGCACAAAAAUGGGAAAACAGAAUAUUUAUGAUCAGAAGCAAUCACCUGGGUUUUCUGUGGGUGAGCUGCCCCUUUUACCCAGAAACAUCCAGGAAUACAGCCUUUGCCAGAUUUACAAAAGCAGGAUUAUAUAGCUGAUGUCAGAAGUAUAUUCCUGACAGUGCAUGAGGAUGAGCCAGCAGGCUGCUGGUGUGUGCAAAGUAAGGCUUCACCUGCUGUCCUCAGAUCCUUCCACACAUGGCUGGAGGCAUGAAGGGUCCUCAAAGUGGGGCAGUGUGGUCAAAGGGCUGCACAGAGACACCUGCACUAGAAACUGCAGUAACAUUUGUGAGCUGGUUCAAAAGACAAACCAGUUAAGAUGUAGAUAAGAAUUAAAGUCUUUUCUUUUAAAAAAGAAAAUCCACCUCAUUUUCGGUUAACAUGUGCCAUUAAAAAGAUAACAUCCUGUGGAAUUAGGAUAUUUUCCAGCCAGAAUGGAUCCAGAAGAAUUGAAUGGUGCUUAAAUUGAGAAAUAAUAAUAAAUAUAUCUAUAUAGAAUAGACAUAUCCCACUGUAAAUUAAUUGAGGUUGCAGAAAGUUCUUUAUAUAAAACUUAUUUAAAUUUUUCAUAUUUCAUCUUUGAAAAAGUCUAAUUGAGAAAAAUCCAUGAUAUUUUCUGGUAUGAAAGUUUGACAGUAUUAAUAUUUUUUUUAUAUUUUCUUAAGUCAUUAAACCAUUUUAAUAUAUGUUAACUACUAAUAAAUGGUUUAUUCUUUCUAACUCCAUAUAAGCUUUUCCAGCAAAGAUUGUAAUAACACAUUUAUGUUCUCAUUUUUCUACAGAUAUAAGUAAAUUUCUAUUUAAAAAUACCAAAAAGGAUAAAUAUCUGUGUACACACACACCACACACCCACACCCACUUACACACAUACACAUUUUAGAGGACCCUUAGGGUGUCUGAGCUCAGUCACCUGAAUUUUUAGUACUGUGUUGUCAGGCUGUUUCCAGGCCUUGGGUGUUGUCUUUUGUGCUGUGUGGGGAUGCCAUUGCUGCCUGUACUUAAUGAUCCUUUCACCAUGGGUUCUGAAUAUUCACCUCACCAUGUUUACAGAUAACUAUUUUGUACAUAGAGUUUUUCAGGCACAUGCUUUGCAUCAAUCCUGCGUGGCUCUCGUCUGUGUUAACUGUCACAGUGUGCACACUAAUCUGUUGGAAGUUCUUUGUGACUGUUUUACUUGUAAGAUAGUUUUCUAUUUCCUUCAGUAAUGUGUCCACAGUGCCCUGUAUUUCAAGUUCUAUUAUACUAAAGUACUCUUGUUUUAAUAGUGCCUCCCCAAAGACCUCACCCUGGACAGAGGUCAAUUCUCAAUGCCCCAGCGCAGGUGACAUUGUUAAACUGUCACUUUCCAAUUUUUUUCUUCUUUCCUAUUAUGAAAGAUAUUUUGUAAUUGCAUCUCCAUGGGCUGUGACUGUGUGAAGCUGUUUGUGUAGUUUCCAUGUAGGUGCUGUGUGCCCAGCACCACCUUGCUCUGAACACUGGUAAUUCCAGGUGCUGCGCUUGGCAGAGGGGUCUUGCCAAAGCGCGCGCGUAUGUGUGUGUGUGUGUGAGAGAGAGAGAGAGAGAGAGAGAGAGAGAGAGUGUGUGUGUGCGUGUGCGUGCAUAUGUGCGUGCAUGUGUCCUUUGCAUGGCCGGGCGUGGCUGCCUUGCUCCGGCAUCAGCAGGACAUUGUGUGAAUAGUUACAAUGCUUCCAAACUGGAACUCUACAUUUUGUAUCUUACUUUUAAAAGCUCCUAUAAGUAAAGUAACUAUUGGCUUUAUUAAAAAUAUACAUUUAAUAGUA